UUGGGGAUAAAACUAAUUCUCCAAACCACUUUAGGAAUUGGUUCUAUUAAUAUCCGUUGAAAAUAAGAAAAUAAGACAGCAUGGUGAAUAUGGGUGGCUUGUGUCACCAUCAUCAUCUCACCAUUUCCCUCAGCUCCACCAACACCACUCCCCCUGUUCACCAUAAACGCUCCAAGAAACCCACCACCGCCUUUGCUCACUCCCACAACCAUUCUAGAGCUUCAUCAUCUUCUUCUUUGUCUCGGCUUUCAAGGGCUCUAGUUGAUACUGUGUCAUCUGGGUCUAUGCAACAUGCACACUCCCUGUUCGACAAAAUGUCUCACUCAAACACCUUUCAUUGGAACCUCAUGAUAAGAGGCUAUACGGAUAACGGCUUCUUUCUACAUGCUCUCAACUUGUAUCUCACAAUGCGCUUUCAAGGGGUUCCCGCCGAUCAUUUUACAUACCCUUUUGUCCUCAAAGCUUGUGGUGGCUUGUUGGAUUUCCGAGAAGGCGAAAAGGUUCAUGGGAGCUUGUUUAAAAUGGGUUUGGCCGAGGAUCUUUAUGUUUGCAAUUCACUCAUUGGGAUGUAUGGCAAGUUUGGUCAUAUUGAUUCUGCAGUCAAGGUGUUUGAGGAAAUGCCUCUUCCAGACUUGGUUUCUUGGAACUCAGUGGUUGGCGCGUAUUUGAUGGUCCAACAAUAUUUCACCUCUUUGAAGUGGUUUAGGACGAUGUUCCAGGCUGGGAUUCUCCCCAAUAAGUUCAGCUUAAUCAAUGCGCUGGAGGCAUGUUCUCACUGUUUUUAUAAUUUAUGGGGAAGAGAAGUGCAUUGCUAUGCGCUCAAGAUGGGUUUUGAAUCAGAUGUUAUGAUCCAGACAUCGCUUCUUGACAUGUACAGCAAGUGUAGGUUGUUAAGUUAUGCAGAGAGGAUUUUCGAUAGUAUAUCUUUGAGGAACAUUGUUGCUUGGAAUGCAAUGAUUGGUGCUUAUGCUCUGAACGGUCUACCAAUUCAGGCUUUUGAUUCUUUGGAGAAGAUACUCAAGGAUGAUAAAUUGGCUGUUGAUAAUGUCACACUCAUAAACCUGCUUCCUUCCUGUGCACAACUAGGAGCUGUUUUGCAGGGUAAGACUAUCCAUGGACUUGCCAUAAGGAAAGGCUUUCUACCUCAUCCGGUAUUGGAAACAGCUCUGCUCGACAUGUAUGGCGAGUUUGGAAUACUGAAGUUGGCAGAGCUAACCUUCGAUCAAAUGAUGGAUAAGAACUUGAUAACAUGGAAUGCCAUGAUUGCUGCAUAUGUGCAGAAUGAUUGGUACAGGAAGGCCUUAAAGCUAUUUGAAGAACUUUUGAGUGGGUAUCUUAAACCGGAUACAGUUACUAUCGCAAGCAUCCUUCCUGCCUAUGCAAAUUUAGCAUCAUUAAGGGAGUGCAGACAAAUUCAUGGUUAUAUCUUGAAAUUGAAUUUUCACUUGAAUAAUUUUGUUUCAAAUUCAAUUAUGUAUAUGUAUGCAAGUUGUGGAGAUCUAGCGUUAGCAUGCAGGAUUUUUCGUGAAAUGGCUUGUAGAGAUAUAAUAUCAUGGAACACUAUCAUAAUGGCUUAUGCAAUUCAUGGUAUGGGGAGAAUGUCUAUUGAACUAUUUUCCGAGAUGAAGAGUAGAGGAAUUGAGCCUAAUGAUAGCACCUUUGUUUCCUUGUUAUCUGCUUGUAGCAAUUCUGGCCUGGUAAACGAAGGCUGGGCAUACUACAACUCGAUGAAAUUAGACUACGGAAUAGAGCCUAAAAUAGAGCAUUAUGGAUGUAUGCUUGAUCUUAUUGGUAGAACUGGCAACUUGGAUCAAGCCCUGAGUUUUAUAGAAGAAAUGCCACUGUUGCCUACAGCACGCAUAUGGGGAUCACUGCUAAAUGCUAGCAGAAACAAAGGAAACAUAGAAUUGGCUGAACUCGCUGCUGAAAGGAUAUUGUCAAUAAAGCAUGACAAUACUGGAUGUUACAUCUUGCUUUCAAACAUGUAUGCUGAAGCUGGGAGAUGGGAGAAGGUGGAACACAUAAAGUCUAUUAUGAAGAAAAAAGGAUUAGAAAAAACUCUGCCUUGCAGCACAGUUGAAACCAAAUUUAGGCUGCACAGGUUUACUAAUAAACAGAGAUCUCAUGAUGAAUCAGCAAUGGUUUAUGAAGUUCUAGAUAUCAUUUCAAGGAACAUGGAUCAUGGAAAAUGCAUCCAUAGUGCUACAAAAUUCAAGCCAUCAGAGUUGGCUAGUAAAAAGGCAAACUCGCCUGAGAACCACAGCGUACGAUUGGCCAUAUGUUUUGGACUCAUCUCCACGAAACUUGGAGAUCCUGUUCUUGUAAGAAAAAACACAAGAAUAUGUGAAGAUUGUCAUGUUGCUGCAAAGAGGAUCUCUCAUAUAACUAGGAGAGAAAUUAUAGUGGGAGACCCCAAAGUCUUCCACCACUUCAGAGAUGGCUACUGCUCCUGUGGUGACUACCGGUAAUUGCAGUUUGUAUAUACUUUUCUAGAUGUGCUACAAAAUCUAUGAUCAAUUUCAUGUAGAUGGUCUCUCAUAUAUAACC